AUGGAGUCGACCAUGCUCCAAGGCAAUCAUGCCGAUACUUCACGCUUCCUCCAGUCACCGCCUCCCAGCGCUUUGCCACCGCUUUCCCGGGUACCUCAAGGUACACUAUCAGGUUCCUCUUUGCACGUUGGCUCGGCCGAGACUGCGCCUGGCCGGAAUGUGCUCUAUCACAACGAAAGCGACUUACGAAAUAGCUCUACACAGGAGCUGCGGGAUCUCAAGACCGACAUGAUGUGCACCUGGCUGCAUCAGCAGCAGCUGGAGAAAAUGUGGUCAACUAAUGGAUUAGAAGAGGGAGUUGUAAUCAAGAAAGCGAGGGACGAAUACAAAUGUGCCCCUGAAGAUCUACGCUCUCGUUCAGACGGAGUGUUUGAUGCGGUGAGGAAGUUGAAUGUUAAGUGUGCCAUGACUGUAAACACAGGCAUCAUCAAGCUUCUCCUUCGCAACCCCGGCAUGGCGUAUCUCCCGCUCGAUUCAGGCCUUCGAUUGCAGAUUCUUCCAAGCAUAUCAUACCUGCCCGACUGCCAGAAACACCACUUUGCUGCCUUCAUCCAGGACUACUCGAUCCUUGUUGUCUGGGACGAUGACCCAAACCACAUCAUGCGACGUGUCCAAGGCCUCAUGGAUCAGUUAAUCGGCAUGGUCUGGAAGGAAGAAACGGGAGAUGACGACGAAUCUGCGACUCCGGCUAUGAGUGCAAUGCCCAGCACCGUCAAUCUCAAUGGCAAGGAGGAUUCGCAAGAGUCCGAGCUCACAAACAGCAUACCUCCACGCCGAGUUGUCCUGAUACAAUCCGUUCUGACAGCUUUGACACUCGUUCUACUCCUCAGUGCAAUCGGCAGCGGUUGGCGUGAGAUUGCUGUUGAAAUCAAAGUGGACAAGGCCUGGGUCCGGCUUGCCUUCAUACUUGUUGUGCCUCUUCAGUGUUGGCUGGCGCUUUUCUUCAUGCAAUCCGUUGCAGGCUGUCUCGCCCAAAUCAUUGGGCCUAUCAGUCAGAUGACAGUAAACUCCAAGUUCUUCUCUGGCGAAGCACCACCUCGACUCUCCACAGCCUCGGCUCUGCCGCACGUCACGAUUCAAUGUCCGGUGUACAAAGAAGGCCUCUGGUCAGUGAUUGAUCCGACGAUCAAAUCCAUCAAGGCUGCCAUCUCCACGUACGAGAUGCAAGGCGGCUCAGCCAAUAUCUUCAUCAACGACGACGGCAUGCAAAUCAUACCUGCCGAUGAGGCUCAAGAACGACGCGAAUACUACGACGAACACAACGUUGGCUGGGUGGCACGACCUAGGCAUAACCCCAAGCCAGCCGACGGCGAGCGGCCAUUCAUCCGAGCGGGCAAGUUCAAAAAGGCCUCUAACAUGAAUUACGCACUCAAUGUGAGCGCCCGCGUUGAGGACAAACUUGCCCUGAUCGACCGCACCGAGGAGUGGACUUCAGAGAAAGAACACAAAGCAUAUGACGGUGCUCUGGCUGAAAUCAUCACCGAAGACGAAGGACGCACUCAAGCAGAUGGGAAUAUUCGCGUAGGUGACUACAUCCUGCUCAUCGACUCGGAUACCCGGGUCCCUGUAGAUUGCUUUCUCGACGCCGUUAGCGAAAUGGAGCAGUCUCCUGAAGUCGCGAUCAUCCAAUUCGCCUCGGGCGUCAUGAACGUCACGGACAGCUGGUUUGAGAAAGGCAUCACCUUCUUCACCAACUUGGUGUACUCCGCCAUCCAAUACGCAGUGUCCAAUGGCGAUGUUGCGCCGUUUGUUGGGCAUAACGCAUUUUUGCGUUGGCGAGCCGUGCAGGACGUGGCAUAUGUGUACGCCGACGUGAAUGAUGGCAUUGUCAAGGAAAAGUACUGGUCGGAAGCGACCGUGUCCGAAGACUUCGACAUGGCACUGCGGCUCCAGACAAGUGGAUAUAUCCUACGUCUUGCUGCAUAUGCUGGCCAGGGGUUCAAGGAAGGCGUCUCACUUACCGUGUAUGACGAGCUCGCGCGUUGGGAGAAAUAUGCGUACGGCUGCUCGGAGCUCAUCUUCCACCCGUUCGCGCAGUGGCUAUCCAAAGGCCCGUUCACAACCCUGUUUCGCGGGUUCGUCGCCAGCAAUAUGCCGUUCCCAUCCAAGCUGACCAUCAUGGCGUACGUGGGCACGUACUAUGCGAUUGGGUCUGCGUGGAUUCUAACACUAGUCAAUUACUGUAUCAUUGGAUGGUUCAACGGGCACCUGGACCACUACUAUAUCGACAGCUUCAAGAUCUACUUUGCCAUCAUCCUGGUGUUCACGGCCCUCGGCAACGUGGCUCUCGCCGUCAUGCGGUAUCGGGUCGAGAACACGACCUUGGUCGCUGCCUUUUGGGAGAAUUUUCGCUGGGUCCCCUUGCUCACUGUCUUCCUAGGCGGCAUCUCACUGCACGUUUCCCAGGCUAUUCUCAGCCACUUGUUCAGUGUGGACAUGUCAUGGGGUGCGACGAGCAAGGAGGCCAGCGACACCAGUUUCUUCAAGGAAGUGCCUGUUAUCCUGCGCAAGUUCCGACUGACCUUUGUGUUCUGUGGCGUCAUGAGUCUGGGGAUGAUCAUCGUCGCUGGCGUCGGGCCGGUUGGUGCGUUGGUGCCUUAUGACUGGCAAAUAUCAUUUUUCACCGCCGUCUGGCCUUUGGCGACCAUAGUUGCUUCACACGCGUUGCUGCCUCUUGUACUCAACCCAGGGUUGAUGCAGUUUACUUUUUGA